AUGGCCCAAGGAAGCCUUGUUGCUCAGUCAGGGACUGCAGGCCUCAAAACAUCAUUUCGACCCUGUCUUGUAUUAACUCGAAAUCUUGGGACCCUGUACUGCAAGUCUUCUUGUCCUCCAAAACGGAAUUCUGUUAUGAAUACAGAUUGGAACUGGGCCCGACAAACUGAAUAUAUCAACAAAGCUAUCGAAGGACGUAACGAAGAUGUAGGAACGUCGAGAUCAGACUGUGAAGUGAGGUUCUAAAGUCUUAUACCUUAUACUAACAUGCUAUCGAUAAAACGUUUUAGAGUUUGUAACUUCCUGGGGGACAUGUUGGUUUAUAGAAGCCAUAUCCUUUUCCUUAAACAAUGUUACCGGCAUAUUUGCAGUCUCCCCUCCCCUCCAAAUAUUUCACUUGAGAAUCUAUCUCAUUCCUGCCAGCUUAGUUUUCGUUUUCUUGAAGUUGAUGUAAAAGUCCCUUCAAGGAAUUGAAGAUCUUUAUACCGAGUACUGAGUACAUGCAGUAAAAGCCCACAUAAGAAACUAGAAUUUUCGAGGUCAGGCUGAACGGAUUCUUAUAUUAUGGGAUCGUUUUUCACAAUUCAAGGCCGAUUAGGUACUUGAUAGGUUCUUAUUUUUCCGACGUUGUCGUAGCGUAAUUAUUGGCAGAAUAAUUGUGCUACUGAUAUACAGUUGCUUAUGGAAAACAGAUUUCUAGUGAAAAUCCAAACAAACGUAAAUCAAAGAAAACAUAACACAAUGACUUUUUUGUAGAAGUUUUUUCACCCAAUUAAAAUCCAGAAUUUGUCCAUCAAAAUGGGAGUGUUUUUUUGUAUAAGAACCUAUUUUUCUUUUCAAGGCUGCAAGGGUUCUUAUAUUUUUGGGUAUUUCAAAGCCAAAUUUCAGCCCUGUACAUGUAGGUUCUUAAAUCACUAGGUUCUUUUAAUUUAUGUGGGCUUUUACUGUAGUUGUAGAUAUCAAAAUAGGGGCAGGAAUGCAGGUAUGAAUCUGACACAUGUACAUUAGUUGUGGUAAUUACCAUCGAAUUCAAUCUUCAAAUCACUUAAAAAAACAGCUAAGUAAUCAUUUAAUUGAUUAUCUAUACACUGAUUAUUUGAAAAUUGAAUUUGUUAAUCGAAUAAAAAAAAAGGAUGUAGAGGUAAGCCUUAUCUUGAAUGUCUGUAAAAUAAAAAGGCUCUACACGUUUGACCACGUUGCCUCUUAUUGAAAUCUACAACAUCAACAUUGUUUACAGUGCUUCCCUUGUAUCUAAAUAAUCACAAUCUUGUUUGUUACGUGUACAUAAUAAAAAGGGACUUUUUGUACGCGGCAAAUAAAUAUCACAUAAAAAUUUCAGAUUAAAGUUACUCUUGAAGACGAGACUUGAGUCUCGUAACAACAACUUUUGUCGCCAAAGCGAAUGUUAGUUUGUUUAUAAUUAUUGACUUUUCAGUCGCAAUUAUCAGACUCAGCUGUAGACAGGUCAACGGACUCAGGAAUUGAAGCAAGUGAUGGCCUUCGCGUUGAUGAUUGUAAGUUAAAAGCGCAAUAAAUCCUUGUAAAGAAAACUAUUUCUAGUAGUAUAUUACAGUGUCUAAGGAGGCGCGUAGCGCCGAGUUGCUUUUUUAACUCUUAGAAAACGACAACGAGUACUUAAAUAGGAACCUUACAGCAUAUUACCUUCGAUACGGUGCAAAAGGUUUUAUGUAAAUUUUGUAAAAACGCAUUUUUUUUGCGCAAGUUGAAUUUACGAAAGUCUCGAUUGUUUGUUUCUUCGUUGAAUUCUUUUUUAAAUUAUAUAGAUAUAUAUACUUUACCUUAUAAGGUAGGGUGCGUCCUUUAUUAAUACAGGGGCAUUGAACUUUGACAAACUUUUUGUUAUAACUUUUACGUUUUUAAGGCGAUGGGUACGACACUUUGAGAUAAUUACAGCUACCAUUCAGCACUAAUGGGGAACAAUCCGAUUUUACUAGUUAUGAAUAUUUUUUUUUAUGAAAUUAGCUAUUAUUUGCACCCCAAGUUUCUAGGAAAAUUUAGUCUAUUGAAAAAUGUUACUGACCUAAUAUUUUUAACUGAAAUUUCUAGGAUAGGCUUUUAUUGAUGUAUUACAUCAAUUAAUCAAAGGAAUACACUUAGAUAGUAAUGUGUGUGAUAAAAUCAGUGAAGUUGGCUGACUCAUAAGUAAUCUUUAAUGAUAGAAGUGAUGUCACGAUGAUGUCAUUUAUUAUUAGGAAUAUCUGGAACCAUUUGUCAUCUUAGAUCUGGUUCCAGGCUCUCAGAUAGUGGGGAAGACGCGAAAGGAAAAGGCACGCGAAAAUUUGGCGGGGCGAAAAAGAGGAAAAGGAAGCCCCUUCUCUCCCCACUUUCGUCCCGUUUUAUUUUCGUGUUUGCGCUUUCUCAAUUCAGCGGACCUGACUAUCUCGGAGCCUGGAACAGGCUAUCUUAGAUCUUAAUUAGAUGUAUUCCAUUUUACUUAAAACCAGUAUAAAUCGAGGCAAUCGUGAUAGAAACUUUGAUCUGUGUAUAAGAGGAUACUUAGCAAGCAACAACAACAACAAAAAAGGAAGUCAUGGAAAUCUGAAAUAAACUCUGUCUAAAACUGAAUGACUUAGCAUUUGCCAGUGGGUCAUUUUAAGUUCAUGUUUAUCCUCAAAUUAGUCGCCAAAAAGUCUGGAUUACAUCAACAUUUAUAAUUGUAAAUUUGAUAAAAUAAUAUUCCAACUUAGAUGUAAUACAAAAAUGCAAGACCGUAAAUCCUCUAUUAACCCACCUCUCAAAUAAGCCCCCUCCCUCUAAUAAGCCCCCCCCCCCCCCCCCCCUCACCCCCCCACACUUCUUCCACCCCCAAAAAUUAUACACUAUUUUAAAAAUUCUCACACGUAAACAAUCUUUAGGCCUAAAUUGGAAUAAAUAUUUACCAAACUGAUGUUUAGAUAUUUUUUUUGUUACUGGAUUGAUGUCCUCAAACUGUUUAUUUUUUGUCUUUUCUUCUCUAUAAAGCCCCCCCCCCCCCCGGGGUGGGGGGCUUAAUCGAGGAUUUACAGUGAGUAAAAAAUAAAAAUAAAACAUUUUUAUAGAAAAAAAGUGUAAAUUUGGAAAACGGGGCUGUCAAAACUCAGUUGCCAUGGUUACUUCAAUGUUGACGUACACGUCAUGACGCCUCUAAUGUUCCUAGUUGAAUAGUGUCAUAGCUUGAAGAGCUUUGAAGUUAUUCCCAUUAUUAUGUGCGGAAACGGCGAUAAGUUUCUCGAAAUGAAACGUUCCAUUUGCAUCUAUCAUUUGCAUUUUGCUGAUAGAAGGCGAGUAGAGAGAACUAAUUUUGAGCGAAAAAUUCAAUCGUCGAGACCACAGAGAAACCGAAAUCUCAACCCUGCACCAUUCUGGUAUUACACUGUAUUAUCUAUUUUAAUAGCCAAUGUAUUUUAUCGCAACAUCGUUUGUUGUUGCGUUAGUUGUCUCAAGUUUCACAAACGCUGGAAACUUUAACGCUGUCCAUGUCGAAAGGGUGCCUGAACUUCAAGAUCAUGGAGAAUGCCAUAUCUCUGCCGUAUCUUCUAAUUAGAGCAAUGAAGUAAUGACCAGCAGUGGUAAGGAAAGGCUUAGGUUUUUGGCGCCUCUGAAAGAAGAUAUCAAAUCUGAUUAUUUAACGGUGAUUGCCUUAUAGAAAUAGACAAAACUGUUGCUUUCUCUGAUUCAUACUUCAACCUGCUAUAUCAAUGUAGAAUUAAAACCAGUUGGGAUUUUUCACCACGUUAUGUUCAAUUUAAAUUAUAUUUUUUCAUUAUCUUUGAAUCUUUGAAAAGCCCCAGAAGGGGAGAGGGUGAUUAAAGUAUUGUCAUUAUUAUUAUUAUCAUUAUUAGUUCCGUUGCUUACCCAAGCUGCAAGACAUCCUAGAAAAAGGAAAAAUUCAGCAAAACAGGCACAAUUUUCCUGUAUAACAUCUCAUUUUUAAUCGAAUGCAUGCAAACUUCGACCAUCGAACCUAAUCAGUCAAACUCAAUCAAACUUCGAUUGGGUUCGAUAACUAAAACUUUUCGGUGAGAGUUCGAUUGUGUUCGAUUACCGAACUUAAUCGAACCCAAUCAUUCGAUUAAGUUCAUUUGAGUUCGAUUAAGUUCGAUUGAUAAAAUGUUCGAUUUGGUUCGAGUGAUUACGCCGGGUAUGUGAUCAUAGUCUGAUUUCUCAGCAAAUCCAUCUUAAACUGGUGAGGAAACAUUUUGUUGAAUCACAGUGGUUCCGCUUUGAUGAUUGCCUGCCUCAACCUGAAUUAAUUCAUCUUGGGAAAAAAAAAAACAAAAGUGAAGUUGUACAGUUCACUUUUGUUAAACACACAGAAUCGGUGUGAUAAUUUGAGAGUCAUUGUGGAGUGCGAAUACAUGAAAACCGACUAAUUCGUAAUCGCGUGUUGCGUGUACUAUGUCGCAUGAUAACAUCGUACGACACGUUCUCUCGCGCGUGGCUCUUUUGAAUCUCAUGCUGUUUUAGCAUUUCGACUUGUUUACGCGGGCCAACCAUAAUUAUAUUCAUAUCGUAUGGUACGUGUACAGUGUCGCGAGAUGGCAUCGUACAACACGUUCUAGCGCGUAGCUCAAGCGAUUUUUUUUUUGCAACAUUUCGACUUGUUUCGUGUAUGUUUGUUAUCUAGACCAGCAUUCUUGAAACAACACGGAUCUAGCAGUAUCUAUUGCAAACACGCGAGUCUUGUGUAUAAUAAGGUACGUCGCACUCUUUAUGCUAUAGAAAACAACACAUUAGGGAGUCAGUUGUUUUCUUUUAGUUCCUAUAAAACUUGCAAGUUCCCGGACAGUGGCCACUCGAAAUGUUGAGCGCGUUUUACGACGGAAGACGUUGCCAUAAGAUACGUCAAGUUGUCAACUAAAAAGCCAAUGAACAACAAAACUUGGAAACAAUUGAAUUACAGUCUGAGGCCUUGUUUUUAAUGAGUGUUUCAAGGGCAAAGGCUGCUGUGCGCUGAUUUGUAGUAAGAGAUGUAACUCACUUUUUCCGCUCUUUAACAUAACUGUUUGCAGCUUCAUGUGCUAAGGAUUGGUGGAUCAAUUCAAGGCAAUAGAUAAUCUAUAGGUAAGUUGUUAAAAGAUUACGAAACGACUGAGCAAAUAAUAAUUUAAUUCGAUUUUCACUUCCGCCGUGGUAAAUUAGCCAGAGUUUAAAACUGGUUGAAUGUAAAAACAAGUCCGUUCAGUUUGCUUUCACUUGAAGUUUUCUUUCCCAAGACCUUGGUAAACUUAACGUAACUUUCUUAAACGGGUAUCCAUGAGAUUGGCUGUACCCUCUCAAUAGUUUUGUGAAUGCCCUGCGGGAUUAACUGUUCAAUUGUGCUUGCUAUGAGAAGCAAUUAAUUAGCCAAAGAUCGAGUAAGGGAGCAGGUGAUUGCUUUAAGGGAACUUUAAACCCGACUGUUUGAUCUCGUUUGAUGGUUUGGCAUUUCAAGAAAUUACAAAAUUUCUUAUAUUUCUGCUACUUUAGUUAUCGGGUGUGAUCAUAGUCUGACUGCCUGCCUUAGUCAAAAUGAAUUACUGUAAAUUCAUUGAAAAAGAAUCAAAAGAGAAGUUAUAAAGGUCGGCUUUGUUAAACAUACAGGAUCGGAUCUUUGAGUCAUUGUGGAGUGCCAAUACAUGAAAACCGACUAUUGAGAAAUCGCGUGGUGCUUGUACAAUGCCGCGAGGUAACAUCGUACAACACGUUCUUGCGCGCGUGGCUCUUUUGAAUUCCACAUUCUUGCCGCAACAUUUCAACAUCCUUUAUGCAUUUUUACCACACCCGACUGAUCACAUUCUUUAACUGUCUAAUAAGCUUGAAAACAACAAAAAUAGUAUGUAUGUCAAACAAGGGAGUCCAGUAAUCACUGCAGCAACACAUUGCCUAUAACUACUAACUGGAAAAAUCAAAAUAUUAGGGAGUCUGAUGUGUCUUCUCUUCCUAGAGUAUUUAGUCCCCAGAAAUCGAAAACUUGGGUGCAUUUUACGCCAGGUCUCUUUGAUUUAUAAGAUACGUCAAGCUGUCAAAUGAAGAGCCAAUAAAAUAAGACCCAGUAGCACGUGAUUGAAACACGGCAUGUGCCCCUCUUUCUUAAUGAGUUCACUAAAGUCAAAACCGGUGGUACACUGAUGUAUGUCGUUUGAGGUGCAACUUACGUUUUCCUCUUUAACUAACAUCUUCGUAUACUAAGGAAUAGUGGAGCAAUUCAAGUCAAUACUAGUUGAGGUAAUCUUCCUUUAUAUUGCUAAGCUGAAUGCGGCUUUUUAGGCUUGUGUAGUGACACUGAAAGAAAAAUAGUUUAUUUCGAUUCCCACCUUCUCCUUAAGAAAGGAGAUGUCGACUGAAAAUUAAGUGUACGAUCGAGGUUUUUGGGUAUAUUAUCUAGACUAAAUGUACAAAAGUGAAACUGGUCGGUUAAAUGUAAACUAAGCAGGCACGUUCCGGUUUGCUUUCAUUUCACUGGAACUUCCUUCUGCACCCAAAUCUAGGAUGGCUUCAAACGUCGGUUCUACGCUGUCACUUUCCUUAAGAAUUCCCCUUUUUACCUGGAAUUCAGAUUAUAAAUAGCAUUUUGUUUCAAAGGAACUCCAAAUCCGUGAGUGUUUAAUCUCGUUCGACGAUGUAGCAUUUCAAGUAAUCACAAAAUGUCUGGUCAAGUUUCGUCCCCAUGUCGUGGGAUGAAGAAAACUUGGUUUAAUCGACUAAGUAUUUACAUCCACAGAGCUUUAAUCUCGAAAAAACCUUCCAGUUAGCUGAUUGUGUGCCUGAAACUGAAUUAUUUUGUCAUUAAAACAUAAAGUGUCAAGUUUGCUUUUGGAGUCAGUGUUGCGAGUAAUUGAAACUUUAGUUUGAUCGAGAGGAAUUGAUCGGUUUCACACAAGUGAUAAGAAUAGGAGAGUGUGGCCAAAAAAUUGACGUCGCUUUUAAUAUAAACAUCUAUAUCAGUUGAUGAUACUGGCCAUGCAGGAUUCCUGAACAGCCAGAUUAAAUUCAUAAUUUGAUAAUUUGAUAAAUAAAGUAGCCAGCCAAGCAAGAGCUCUUCUUCCCCUUAUUUCCGCGUGGAUGUGUUAAAUAUGCAAAUACUUGCACACUAGAAAGUUCUAAGUUAUUGCUAGGUUCAGCUUCUUUUCAGUUAAACUGUUUCCAGUGACCAACGGUUAAAAACAAAAACAAACAAAACCAAAACAAAAGUGAAACUGAGUGACGAUGAAUAACAAGCAAAGAUUUCAUCAUAGAAUAACUGACGGUCACGUGAUCUGAAUCCUUUGAAAAACGCACAAAACAACUCCUGGUGGAAAACUCAAACGGCCUUUUCACUUGCGGGAACGUCUGAGAGCUUCGAUGUAUAUGCUGCUCAGUGAAUACGAGAAUUAUUUACUGAUUCAUUAAGAUUUUGAAGGGUAAGUUGGUAAUUAAGCUGAAUUAAACUUUAUGCAUAUUCAAACCGUAACUUUCGUUCUACUCACUCGACUAUCACGCGUAGGUAGAGAAAUGUAAAAAGAAUCGUGUCGAGUUCGAGUUUAGACCGCGGCGUUGAGAUCGAGACCUAAAUAAAGUUAAUGAUGCUUUCGCGAAUUUAUUUUUCUUUAUUUCGCGGUCUGAGAGGGCGCGCGAGUGAAAUCUGAUUUUAUAGCGAAAGUCGAUCUGACUUGCAACUCUUUUUUUUCUGUUAUAUAGGUAAUAUCUUGUUGUACAAAGUACUGUCCGCAAGGAGAAGGAAAACGGGUUUGUUCUUCACUUCUACGUCUCCUUUUACGUUAGCUGUCUAAUUUCGCGCGAGUUAAACCUUGACUUGAGAGUCUCCUCGCGAGUUUAAACAAUGGCUCACUGAUUUCUCGCGAGUUCUUUGUAACUUUGUCUCGCGAGUUUGCCCUAGCAAAUGGUAGACAAGGAGGAACGAUGUAGAUAGUUUCUCACGAGUUUAACGCUCCUGUCAGUAUAUAUUUCCUCGCGAGUUAAAGACUAACUUAGAGUAUUUAGAAUCUUGGAAUGCUCUAACAACAAUAUUUUUAAUCAGGUCAAUACUUAAGUGUAUUUACGAAAAGGGUGUUAACAAUAAAUUAAUCAGACUCACUAAUUAUGGGAAAGUUUCCCAAUUUGAAUGUAAAAUCUAACUAUAAUCUGCACGAAAACAUAUCUUUUACCAAAGGGCUCUUUCGCUGAGAUCUGUAUGAGUAUAAUCUAAAUCCAAUAUUGCUUAAAGUAUUUCUGCUUUCUAGAAAUAUCAACCCUAGAUAGGGUUGUAGGACGAGAUAUUUUUUAAAUGCAUCAUUCGGAUUAAAAUUUGUUUUAUGUCCUAUGGAGAUCAGCGAUUUUAUUUUGGGGGGGGGGGGGACAAGGGGGCAGCUGCCCUCCUGGACCUGUUGAGCCAGAAAAAUAAAGUAUUUGGAUGGAUUUGUUUUCUUUAGACUCAGUUAUUUUGGUUUUAGGGAUUUGCAAUAAUUGUUUGCCAUUUUUAUUUUCGAGGUCGCUUUUUCGGAGACAUUUUUUAUGCGUGAGAUAGUGUGAAUAUAAAAUAAAACCACAUUAUUGUUAAAGUUUUGUGCUUUAUAAAAAAAAGCAAACCAGAGGGGGGUUGUGGUAUAUAUUUUUUUUAUAAAUCUUUUUUGGAUUAAAAUUUUUUUUUUGGUCUAGGGGGGAGCAGGGUUUUUUUUGGGGGGGGGGGGGGGGACAAGGGGGCAGCUGCCCUCCUGGACCUGUUGAGCCAGACAAAUCAAGUCUUUGGAUGGAUUUGUUUUCUUUAGACUCAGUUAUUUUGGUUAUAGUGACUUGCAAUAAUUGUUUGCCAUUUUCAUAUUCGAGGUCGAUUUUUCGGAGACAUAUCUCAUGACAAGUGCUGAAAAAAACGUUUCAGAGCCUUCACAUUUGAAACUUUUCCGGGGGAGGAUACUCCCAGAUCCCCUAUAAGGCACUCGCGAUAAUGCCCCCCCCCCCUCCCCCUGUUACAAAAGACCUAGCUACGGCCCUGGAGCUUGAUCGUCCGGGUGAACGUAGUCCUGAAUAGCCUGAUUAGUGUUGUUGCAGUUGACAGUGACUGACUUUUCGACAACCUGUGCGGUAGUCAUCUUUAGAGUCAAAGUGAGUUGUAUCACGUCAGUUGAUGGUAUUUUACUCUGGUUAUUGACCUUAUUGGUUAAUAACGUCGUAUCGGGGUUAAGAUAACCGAGGGCUAGUGCGAAAUAUGAAUUCAGAUAUAAAAAGCGGCUUUAAAAAGCAAAUUCAAUUUUAUUCUUUUUGUCUACAAUUUCUUUAAAAAAAAUUGAAAAAAUUAUCUGGGAAAAUGCUUGUGAACAAAAGAAAAAGAAACCCGGCUUAAUAUUAAGUCCCGGGUUAGCGCUAAUCGGCCUUCGAGCAACUGGGACCUUGAUAUUAGACAUUCAGGAUUUUGCACGUGUGCAUAUAACAGGGGGCUUAUUUGUGGGAAGUGGGUGUGGGUUUCCAGGCUAAAUGAAGAAAUCACGCAUGUGGAAAGUCAUUCGUAGUAAAUAGAAACUCAAUGGUUAUUGUUGUUGUUGUUUACUUUAUGCUGUCUCUGUUUACAAACAGGUUGCAUCCAUGGCGCAAUCACAUGCUGUUGGGGGCUCUGUUCAACAGACCUUACAACAAAACAUCGAUGAACCAGUUCCCCUAAAACGAAAGAAGAAAGACUCUGGGGCACCAGCUGGAAAGAGUGUAGUGGUCUUGAAAAGCUGUGAUGUCACCAUAGGGGAUAAUUAUGUACGCAUGCCAAAUACAGUUGAAAUGGCACAACUGAAAAAGAAGGACAAGGGACAAUUCUUAACAAAUGUGCAGAUAUCUUCGAAAAUGACACAAAAGGACAUUAGAGAGCUAUUAAUCAGCUUAUUUCCUUACCUUGGAGAUCAAAGGUAAAAGUUCUGCUGUUGAUGUUAAUAUUCUCGAAGAAACUUAAGGUGGCUCGACUGAAUUUUUUAGGGAGUAUACUUCCCCACUUUGAGCGUUUACCACGUCGGCAAUAACAAGGAUAUCGGAAAAAGGUUACCAUGGCAGCAUAAUGACGCUAUUACGUUUUUUACUUGCCUUUGUAUUUCUCAGUACAAGGAGUUUUUUUUCAGAAAUCCCUUAAGGGAGCUUGUUGUGCACGUGCAUAUGAAACUUAAAAACAAUGCCAGUGAAUAAUGAGGUGACACGCACUUGUAAACACAAAAUCUGUUGGAAAGUUUUUGAAAUUUGAAGCCCCGUUUAAUUACGUUCCUUGUUUUCAAUGUCCUUGAAACUUGGAGGAGACGUACAUUGAUGAUUAAUCUCGAGAUUUUCAAGCUUUUACAAAAAUUUAUCGUGCGGUUUUUAAGAAACCGUGAAAUUUGUAGGCGGGGACCAAAUUACAUUAAAAAGUGGUAAAGAAAGCAGCCGUAUGUAGGCUUCUCAAAUUCCUCUUUCUUGCAAUCGGCCAAAGCAAUCCCCCUCUUUUUUCGUACAAAGUUUCAGAUGGAAUAAGACCACUAUGAGAUGGAACUGCAUUUCCUGACCUCAUCAUUUUCUUAAGAUAUUAGCUAAUUAUGUCGAUAGUAUGUUUAUUGUUUUUAUGACUCAAUUAAAACUUUGUUUCAAAAUAUUUCGAAAACGCUGUCACAGAAUUUGGUCAAAUUUGCCAUAACCGAGGCAACUAAGGGAAGUACAAGCUCCCUUAAGCGAUUUCCGGAAAAAAGAACUAAUAGUACCGAGAAAGGCAAGUAAGAGGUAAUGGCGUCAUUAUGUUACCAUGGUAACUCUGAGGUCAAUAAAACAUGGAUCAUAAAAAGAUUUAUACAGAGCAGCUGUGGUAACCUUUUUGCGUUAUCUUUGUUACUGCCGACGUAGUAAACGCUCAAAGUGGGGAGGUAUACUCCCUAACAAAUCCAGUCGAGCCACCUUAAUAAUCAAUCAGAUACCCUCUAUCCUGGCGAUACCUAAUUGCUUGAACAAGGGGACUUAGUUGCCAACGAGCAAGCCAAGCGAAGACGGUCGGCUUGCGAGGCGGCCAGCUUAAUACCACGCAAAGUAUUGCAGCAGGCAGAAAAAUUCUCGAUCGUGCUAUGAAAAGUGUAAUGUAAGUGUAAUGUAAGGUGUAGAUUCCGUGGGGAUUUUAGUGGCGUUAGAUUUCACGUGUAGAUUCACGUGACUUUUGAUGUCCUUUGCUGUAAACAAACGAACCUUCAAAGUUCGGACAUUGUUCUCUGCCAGACUACUGUACUUGUACGAACUACAACUCGCUAUUUCAAGUUCGCGCUAACCUAUAAAUGUUCAUUCCCUUUCGCUGUUUGAAACUCGACAAGUUUAAGGUUCAAAAAUGUCUAAGCAGAAGAAUGAGAGCGAUUUUAAGGCCAACAGCAUGACAGAAAUGUAGGAUCGAGGAGUGCUUGUAGUCGACAUUCUCGCCCCAGCAGCUAAAAUGGUUUUAUAAGCAUUGGCACCAAAACCGGUGAUGUAAGCAAAUUCUUUUUCUUUCGUUGGUACUUAGCGAAAGCUACAACUAGUAUUAUUUUAAACUCAAGUGGCGGAUCACGAUAUCGUCAGAGAACAACUAAGCCAGUUGAUCAGAAAAAAAUCUUCAAUUAUAGUCUGUAGGAAUUAUUUCCAGUGGUAUAUAAGUUUAUCAGCUUUUGGCCAUGGUUUUCGGCUACCAGCAACUGCAGAACCAGUUCACAUCCAAAGGUGGUUUUCUAUGUCUUAUCAGGCCGCCGGCUUUUCUCAUGAACAGAUUACCAAUUGUUUGAUUAAUCAAUCCAAUUUUCACUUGCCUGUCUGCAACUAAUUCUGUCUCACUCCUUUGUAAACUGCAAGUGAACAUAUAUUUUCUUCUCCCGUUUCGAUGUUGUUGAUUGCUCAUUUACGUGCUGAUUUUUAAAAUAUAGAUUCUAUUGUGCUUCGGCGGUGGACAAUCGAACAAGACUGGACUUCCAUGGAGAGCGUCGUAUUUGGGAUGGACGUCUAAUAAAGCAGAAAAUAAAGGGAAACUCAGCUCUCUACAUUUAUACUGAUGAGGUAUUGCAAUUAAUAUGCUGUUACUUUGUUGUAUGGGAGACAAAUGGUUUACAGUGACUGAGAGUUAAUUUUCUUUUUCAUGGUAAAUGUUUACCUGCUACAGUCGAACCUCUCCAGAACGGCCACCUUGGAUCAGAGGAAAGUUGCCGUUGUGGAGAGGUGGCUUUUAUGGGGAGGUAGGGGUGUAAUACGACAAAAUUUUUUUAGGGAGUACAACAUGUUCAUUGUUCUUUUUUAAACAAUUAUUGAAUUCGGCUUUCGUAUCAUCUGAAGAAUUAUGUAGAUCGAGGAGUGGUCGAAGCGGAUAACACCCUCCGAGAUCAACAUAAUUCUUCAGAUGAUACGAAGGCCGAAUUCAAUAAUUGUUUUAUUAUUCAUUCAUAAGAAUUCUUGGUUUAAAAACAAUCAAAACAUGCUUACCAGCAUCGAUUCAAGUUCAUCUUCGGUAGUGCACGUUAAUCGGCAGGUUUAGGAGAUAAAGGGUUGUUCAGCUCCGCAAAUAUUCUCCAAAUAGCAGAUGUCGUCCUUCGAGUUGCCUUCUUGCUGUUCUUGCUAUGUGUUUAGCCAAUAGUUCGCCUAUUUCUUCCUGAUGAAACGAGUGAAACGUUCCGCUUUUUUGGUAUCACUACCAAAAUAACACAACCUCGUCCCCAGGUCUUCUCGGUUAACGGUUCAAUAAUCUGUAACUUUGCUGCUCGUUUGACGUCAUCAGUUCAAUAAGGAAAAAUUCUUCCAAAUUUGGUCAACAGUAGCUGAUUAUAAUGAAUCAUGCUUGUGAUUUUAGCCAAUUAGGAAAAAAGAAAUAUUUUGAAUGAAUAAUAAUCAUGCUUACUGUAUCCCAUAAUGAUAGUUUAAUCAUAUAUAAUAUUAUAUAUAAAAUACACAAAAAACUUGAACAAUGUUUUGAAUCAAAAUUUGAACGAGACAAAGCGAGCAAGGUUCACAACAUUCGCGAUAAGUAUCGUAGACAAUUUAUACUUACUGCAGCAGUAUAAAUGUAACACAAUCAAAAUACCAAUGCCACGAUUAAUCAUCAACGUGUCAUACGAAUCAAAUUUCAUGACCAUUCUUGACUUUUUCAUCAGUAACUGAGAAUACUGGCUGUUGUCGAGGUGUUUUUUUGGCAGUUGGGGCCACACUUUAGUGGCCGUGGCCGUUGUAGAGAGGUGACCGUUGUGGAGAGGUUUAAUUUAAACAAGAGUAAAUGUAUGGACUGUCGGUCGGGACAAAAAAGUGACCUUUGUAGAGAGGUGGCCGUUAGUGUAGGCUAGACUGUAUAUACAUGAACACUGUCCAAUACUCAACACGUAAAUGCAUGGAUGGUCUCUCCAGUAUAGUUAUUUUAAGAAUGACCAUCCCCUAUCGAAAAGUCUAGUCACCGAUUUCCCCAAUGCAUGAUUCUUGAAUGAGAGUGCCCCAAUCUGCCCUGGAAAGUAACGACUCAAAGCGAUUAGAUCUCAUGUCUUUGAUCUCAAAGCGCUGACUUAUUAACUAAUCCUGACAUGGUUAAGUUCAAUUACACUGUCAAUUAUCAAAUAAAACAUGAAAAACGUUCGUCAUUUCUCCGACAAUAGUCACUUUUCUUCAGGUGAAAGACCAUACUCAAAUUUUAGGCUUGUUCUAAUAACCAUUAAUGAAGAAUUUAAUUAUCAGGGAAGUUCAGGAAAACAGGAUUCCAUAAGCUCCAAACAGUCAACAUUGAAACGUCCUCAUGAUCAGAUGACGCCGACAGUGCAGAGCGGAUGUAGGAUUGACCAAGAUGGUAAGUUCUGUGCCAAUGUCUCUCCGGUAUAGUUCAAUUAAGAGUAACGUAUCCUAAAGUUCCCUGCAAUAGUGGGGACCAAAUUGAAAUUAAAGUAUUACCUUGCACUCUUAUACUUUUGGCACUGACCAUAAUUUAUUUCUUUCCUUCCUUGAUCCUUUCGAAAUGACGAAUUUUCAGUUAAAAUGAAGGAAAAAGAAAAAACAAGCAAACAAAUAAACAUAAGGAGAAAUUGCUAAAAAGUACCUCCAGAAAUUGCAAGUGCCUUUUACAAUUUAACACCUAAGGCAAUUGGAAAGCAGUUUUAACUUUAAAAAGGUUUUGUAGCUCAGGUGACAACUUAAUUGUGACGCUUCUCAUGUACCCUCCAAACUUCUCGCGUUCAUCUGGCCAUAACGCACGCUAAGCUUCAAAUAACCCUUGCAGGGGUAUAUUUAUUUAAUACGUUUAUUUGAUAUGAAAUUAUAACUGUUGAAUAAAUUGUAUGUCUUAAAAAUUGUCAUCACUAACUGGCUCAUUCUAAUGUAUUCCACAGACGUGUCUCUUAUGUCUCAAGGAGGAAUUUGUGCCCCGUCAGUGAUGACUCAGAACAUCGUUUCUACAGCUUCUCAAUCACAAUCAAGGAAACCUGCCAUGCACAUUGCAGAUGGACAGGCUGCAGGAAGAAAUACUGUUCCAUCAAAGAGUUCAUUACUACCGAACACAGAUCUGCAGGGUAUGGUAUCCUCAUCACUGACACCUCAACUAAACAGUUUGAGUAUUGCUAGUGCAGCUUCUGAGCAAGAAAGAGGUCAACUUGGGCAGACAGCAGCUCUUGGAUAUGAGUUGGCACAUGUUCCUUUACAAGCGACGACAAGGCAAGGGCAAGGCAAUGGUGCAGCUACAAGGAUGCUGGUUAUUCCCAGCAACUCUACCGAUCAAUCAAAGCGCGGUUCUGUUGUGAGUGCAGAGGUCGACCAAUGUGCUGGGAAAAGUGGGAGUGAGAGCAAUGCUACUGACGUACAUCAGGAAUACUCAGGAACGUCAGGAUCAGACUUUGAGGUGAAUUUGAAAGUUUUGACUGUGUUAAGCAUUAGGACUGAAACUUCACACUCUUUAAGAAAUUCUGGGUGCACACCAUGGCGUAAUAUACUUAACAAUUAUUCCACGAGGGCGCGUUGGAUAUGAGAUGAUAGAUAGCCAACGAGGCGCGUAACGCCGAGUUGGCUAUAAUCAUCUCAUAUCCAACAAGCACGAGUGGAAUAAUUGUUUUAUUAGAAACGCCCACAAAAUCUCGUUGAAUCUCCCCGACUAGAACAAACCGGAAAAGACGAGGGACUUCCGCUAUUCACAUGUCGCACGUCUAUCAAAACUGUCAACGCGCAAACGGACUCGCUUGGACUGCAUGAAUGAAAAAUCAAAACAUUGUAGCGAUGAACAUUAGUUUUUUAAAAACUCAUCGGGAUUCUAGGAUUUUACAAAGCAGAACAGCUAAAAAAACCUGGCAGAUAAUGUGAAGGAAAAGAACUUUUAAGUGACAGCCGUCGAAAUUACUGUGAAUUUAGAUUUUCGGUGCAGUUAUAAAAGUAAGAACAACGGAGAAAAACUAUUACCUCGGUCGCUUGUUAUGAAGUUGUUUGAAGCCAGAAGCUGGUUUUGCUGAACGAGAAAAGAAGCUAUACUGCCGCUUCGAUUGCUCUAGUGGAUGGCUGCAUAGCCUGUAUUUGUAGCUGUUUACUUGUGACUGAUUUACAUUUUUGAUGUCGGAUAAACAAGCGGCAGUUAUCUAUCGGCGAGUGACUCGAUCGGCGGAUGGCUCUGCGAUCAUGAUACAACACAUGUCUUUUUUCGUAGCUGGUCAGGGUACUUUAGUUCCAUGUGUUUUCAUGUGUUUUCGACAAACUUUCAAACAAGCUCUUGUGGCUUUUUUGUUUGUUUUUGUCUUUUUUCUUUCGAUGAAAUUGCAUUUCUAGUAUUCUAAGAAAUGAAUUAAAACAAUUCGCUUCGAGCGCCGUUCUAUCCUUCGCGAAAAAAAAUCUCAGCUAGCUUCCAAUUUUAAACUGACGCGUAGACCGACCAUAUAUGGAGAGCAUGGUAUAAUAGCUCAUAUACCAUAACGGCUAAGCCAAUCAAAAUGCUAGAAUUGCAUUAUCCAAUGAUUCAGUUUUUAAUAAAUAUUCCGUUUCUGAAUCACGAUUUUCCCUCGUUUAUGACUAUACUUUCAAGAACAGAAACAAAUGACCAAAACAAAAAGGAAGCAUCCGCUUACUUUUUAACACUAAAUUACUUUCAUCCCUGUUUUAAAUUACAGGUGAUAAUCUCUCCUUUAUUGUAUUGUUACAUCUAUUUUUUUACACUAAAAUCACGCUUCCCGUUCUUCGUUGUUGUUGUUACUAUUGUUCUCUACUGCAUCUGAACUUUUGGGUACAAAUCGGUGCCGGGUUUUCUCCCGAAGUCACAAUUAACCAGUAACUUCCGAAUCUAACAACUUUCCUCAAACUGAUUCUCGUGGUACCGAAACUAAAAUCUCGUGGUAAACCCUUAGUCCACGCUAACCUAUACCAGCGCCUUUUUUGUCGUAGUCUAACAUCAUCUUUCGAGAAGUGGAAAUUAUCACAAAUGAUUAUCUCAGAUUUUGUCUUAGUCAGUGUAAUUGACAUAAUUGAAAGUUUUCUUCGUGUCGUCCAAUUCAACCUGUAAUCAUUCUCGUGAUUAAACAUAUCGAACGAUCGAGCAAAAUGACUUUUAUAUGAUUACAGACCGAGUUGUUCUUUACUUAGUCCUAUUUCCCGUUGUAAGUCAGUCUUGCUCUAGACCUAUUACCAUUAUAAGCAUGAUGUGUUUAGUGCCUUUAAUGAAGCCAUCUUCUGGUGACGUAAAAGCGUUUUGCAACAGUUAAUAUCACUGAAAGUAUUUAAUUGUUUGUUUUUUUGUGUUGUUUAUAGUCGCAAUUAUCAGACUCGGCGGUAGAGAGGCCUUCAGAUUCGGGAAUUGAAGGAAGUGACAACCUCUUUAUUGUCGACGACAGUAAGUUACUAGAACUGCAAAUACUAAUCUAAUCAAGGUAGUCCUCCAACAUUUGCCUGUUGCUUGUUUCAGAUUUAAUGUGUGUGCGUGUGUGUUUUUUUUUUUCAAGCAGAUACUCUUCAAUAAGCAGUUGACAUAGGUUGCAUUCCUUUUAGCCAAACUUUUUUCGGAUUUGGACAAUCCAGAUUGUUUGGAUUUUCGUGCUAGUCGGAACAAAAAACUGAAAUAAGAUUGAUCCUACAGAAGCUGCCUACCGCUCCGAUCUUCUUGUCAAUUUUAACGCAUCGUUAUUACGUCUUUCUGCUAAAUUAAACAUCUUGUCGUGGAGAAAGGGAAAAACAUUCGCUCUUUAACUAGUGGUGUUUCAUACUGGGACUCGUCAACUCGUCAACUUCUCAAGCGCUGAGAAGCGCGCUCUAAACACACACAGACAUUCAGGCCAGUAUAGUUUUACGGUAAGAAAAUCUAAGCGUUUUCACUUCCUAACGGAUUUAGAGUGACAGUGGAACUUGAAUUUAAUAUACUACAAUCCUUUAGCGGCAUAGAACAACGAAGGAGUAAAAAUAACUUUUGACUGAGCUAACCUCGAACUGCCGUGUUAAUAAUAUUGAUGAACGAGCACGUUUUUGCACGUUUUUUACAAGGAUCUGAAACCAGAUUGAGAUACCAAUCUGAAUGAUCCACGUUCAGAGGUAGAUCGUUCGGAUUGCAAUCUUAGAUUGGUUUAGUCCUUAAUGGAACAAAAAAUCGAAUUUUCGAUCCCAAAAUCCGGAUUUAGAUUGGCUAAAAGGAAUGCAACCAUAAAUCGAGCAAUAUUUUUUUUCGUAUUUGUGCAUUUUUCCGCUCAAUUUAAGUCAGUAGUUAAGCUAUUUCGUCUUGGGAUUGCCAUGUUCUCAGUUUUCGCGCUCCUGCAAAAACAGCUAGGCUAGAUAGAUAUAUAGAUAAAUAUAGAUAGAUAGAUAGAUAGAUAGAUAGAUAGAUAGACAGACAGACAGACAGACAGACAGACAGACAGACAGACAGAUAGAUAGAUAGAUAGAUAGAUAGAUAGAUAGAUAGAUAGAUGUUCUUGAGGUCGGUUUAUAUGGAAUGUGUGCUGUGCGCACGCCGAUCUCGCAAUGAAGAUAUAAGAAAAAAGUUGACCUGCAAACUCGCCCAAAUUUACUUUACAGACCCGUUCCUUCCACUUUCAAGACUAGAGAAAUCUUCAUGAAGAAUGUUGCAUAAUUUUUUUUGAAAUAACAUUUUGAGCGUAUUUUGAUAGCAUUUUUUCUAUACAAAACAUGAAUUUAGUAACACGCAUACAAAAUUUCAUGCACUUUACUUCGCGACCCGCGGAAAGGUACCUCAAACCACGACACCUCUGUUAUUUAAGGGUUAUUUUCUACUAUUGAUUUUUCUUCUUUCUUGUAGCGGUUGUAAAUAUCUGUCCUGGUUCUGGCUCUGUAAAGGUAAUUUUUUUUUUAAAUAACAGUUUACUAAAGAACGUUUUUAGUAAAAACCGAACAACGACGCGGACUUUGUUAGACGAAACACCCACAGUAACGCUGAUUCCAACACUCAGACCAACGUCAACACUAGCCCUGUUACGACAACGACUAUACCGUACAUCAGAGGCUCCUCUGAAACUAUCACACGUAUACUACAACCUUACGUGUUCCACACAAACCGAUAACCACUUUAAGACGACUGCCUACUACUGUUAAGGACAAAGACAAACCGGAGGACAGACAGGGAGCCGACGAGUAUGCAAGAUCAAAUGCUGCGACUGCCAGGCCACUUACAUUGGUGAAACCGGCAGAAACCUUAGCACGCGACUGCCUGAACACAAACGAGCGACAAGAAAUGGUGACGACAACAUUCACAUUGCUGAUCACCAAGUUACAGACGAAACAUCAAAUCAACUGGGACUCUGCGACAUGUAGUACGUAAUUCUACGGACUGCCACCAACGACUCACUUUAAAAAGCUGGUUAAUUUUUACUAACUACAAGAACAAACACCACUGAAUCGUAAUCAACAAUUACCGGCACCGUGGACUCAAGCAAAACUGGACAACCGACAAUAAUAAUUAUAAAAGUAGAUUAUAAUUAUCAUAAAAAAAUCCCCCAGAGUCCUUUGAGGCAAUUUUUUUAAAAAGCCUUAUAACGUUGACAAUAUUAUACGUAGAAGACUGUCAGACCACAACAAGAUAACAUUUGCCAUAAAAUAUCUUCCCAUGUCACAUCCAAAGUAAUGACAUCAUCAGUCAUGUGACUAUUUCCGAAUUAGGUUUUUUUAAUUGCUAUGACAAGAUUUCAUUAACGAGUUAAAAACAAAUAGCAUAUUUUAGGUUUUAGCUGUGUGGGGCAUUUAAAAUUAACCAGUUGACGUCUGGCAUUUAAAAUUUAAGGGGGUAAUGAACGUGAGCGAAAAAGUCACGAGACUAGGUCGUGGGCUGUAGAGAGUCAACCUUUUAUCACACGCAGAGAAAAUUUGCAGGAAAGUAAUGUUCUACCUGAUAAUUUUUUUUUCAUGACCAAAAGAGGGAGAUGACGUCAUCAGUCACGUGAUCAAAGCGUUUUGAAUGUUUCAGUUCGUUUUUAAAGUACCUGUUUUGUCAUGAAUUGGCAAGUUUUUGCUGUUCUUCUCAACAAUUCUUGAGACUUUAUUGUCUCUGAGUAAUUAUUAUUCCAUUUCAAAGCAGAACCAAUUAAAACUGAGCCAGAAGUUUAAAAGUUGCGUAAAUUGACCGAUAUUGCAAGUUAAAAUCGAAAAGGAGACCUACUCUUGAGGCUUUUGUAAAAUCCUUUUUCAACUUAACUGUUUGUUUGCCGAAAUAAAUGUUCAACGGUUGUUAAUAAAGGAGAACUUUUAAAACUAAAAGAAUGUAUUUGGCGGCCAUAUUGUUUUUCUUCAUUCCGGGGAGAGAGGUCAUGUAGCAGCUUUUCUAACCCUAAAGGCCAAAUGGUUUGCUACCCUAACCUAAAGCAAUGGAAAUAAUGAUGAACAAUGUUGUGUUAAUGUUUUCCCCGACCGAUGAAAAGACACCUUACGAGCAGGGAGAGAAUUGUUCGGUGAUACGGUUCAGUCGGUAGCCGUGCGAUCGAUAGCUCAUAAAUUUCUUAAACUUUCACUGUCAUGGACCAAGCCUGAAAGAGUAUUAAUGGGUUUAUUGUGAUCUUAUUUAUGUCUCGGGUAUAUCUUUGUCCUUUGUUAACAUCGCCUACUAUAUUUGGCAAAGGGUGGAAUCGGGUUCUACAUUGCCUUGGAUAAAGCGUUGCCAGACGAAGUAAAGAAGGGAGUAGCAGUGUUUGAAGGAGUUGCAGCUGUCACAGUAGACAAAACGAAUUCCUUGGUGCUAUCUGGAACUGUCCCACGUAAGUAAUAGUCACAUUUAUUGAAAUAUGUAUAGAUUAACAUGAACGUAUAAGUAUUCAUUGAAGUUUCAGGUUAUCUCAUCAAGGUUCAAAAUAAUAAUUAUCAGUUUGUGCUCCCACUAUAUAAACGUUUGCAAAAUUUUGCUAUUUAACUUUCCUUUACAUGUUGUAGCAUUUCACUUUGAAUUAACAUUUAUGGUGUUAGGAGUAGUUGCUGUGUUUGUAUAAAUUCUGAAGGAGGGUGUAUCAAGAUUUGACCGAUCCACUUGUCUCCAUCUAGUGGGGCGAGGUAUAUAGCAACACUCAUAGUUGCUAUGUGCUACAAAACUAUAUCAAAACUAUUGGGUUUCCCCUUUCAUUAAUUAGCUUCCCAUCAAAAUGACAUCACCCCGAUGAAUUAAAGUGUGCUGUAGCAUAUGGUAUGACAUUAGUGUUUGACUUAUGCGUCUCUCAUUGUCGUACCUUUUCACUUCUCUUUCAGCUUCUCAGGAGGUUGGCGAAGUACCCGUUACUGUGACAACUGAAUCUGGCAAAGUUAUUGGAUAUACCAUGUUCAUAUACAAAGACGAUGUGAAUGAGAUGGUGAAACAAAUUGUAGAGGAUCGUACACUCCAAUCAGAGUUCUUUGCUAAGCUUUCCAAAGAGCUGGCAAAGGAAAACCUUGCAAGUGACCUCCAAAAAACAGAAGCCCUAGGUCCAGUGCAUGUUCCACACGUUGGUAAAAGUAAAAUAAAGUUUAGUCCUGUUUCCGGAAUUUUUGCAUCAUAUUGGUACUUAAUUUCGCAGGUCUUUAAUUUCGCGUCUUACGCGAAAUUGCGAAAUUGAAGACCCGCGAAUCGUAUGAAAAUCCUCACCAAAUUAAAACACGCGAAAUUUAAUACCCGUUUAGAAAAUUCAAAUCACAUUAAAAAAAUGACUAACAUUUAACAUAUAGCAACAAUAAACUUGAAUGACAAAAAGAUCUACAACAAACUUCGUCACAUGUCUUGCUGUUUAAUACAAACGUUUCGCCCUUCGGGCUUCUUAAGUGUAUUUACAAAAUCAAAGCCUGGAUAAAAAAUACACAAUUUGGAACAGCUAUCUUUAUACUUUCGAGGUGAAAAUAAGGCUACCUAAUACGUUAAAAAAGCAAGACAUCCACAAUGGUACAAAUUAAAAAUGAGACGGUAAAAAACUAUUAAUGAGAGUAGGUGGUAAAAGUUAAGUCAUUGCCGAAACACAACAGGUUCCCCAAUCGGCGCUUCUGAAUCAAAUCAAAAGGAUUAACAUAACAUAAUCCAAGAGGGCACACCUUAAACAAAAAGUAAUAAGGUACAAACUAAAGGCCUAUGAUUGGAAAACAACAAUAGAAGAAUAACAGAAUCCCUGAGAGGACCCCCUGAGUGCAAUUGUGGUUGUCUUGCUUUUUUAACGUAUUACCUAACCUUAUUUUCACCUCGAAUGUAUAUAGGUAGCAAUUCCAAAUUGUGUAUUUUUUACCCAGGUUUGGAUUUUGUAAAUACACGAAAGAAGCCCGAAGGCCGAAACGUCUGUAUUAACCAGCAUGACAUGUGAGGAAGUUUGUUGUAGAUCUUUUUGUCAUUCAAGCAUAAAGUUUAGGUCUAAACAUUUUGAAUCCUCUGAAUCCUUUGAAAAAUAAAAUGAAAGUUGAAAGCGCUUAAAUCGCGAAAUUUAAUAGGCUUUUUCAUAUUUUCAUAUUUAGAUCGCGAAAAAUAAAGCCCCGCUGAAUACUAUCUCGCCAAAAUCGCGAAAUAAAGUACCCGCGAAUUAAGUACCAAUAAACUUAUUCAUAUGAAUAGUUUGCUAUUCUCAAAUGUCUUCUUAUCCCGACUGAAUAAUGUUUUGCCACCUGGCUUCUUGAUUCACUUAGCUCGAAGUCCACAGCGAAACAAUAGUCCCCUUCCCUGUUAUAAUCCGUUUUCUGCUAUCUGAUAUGGAUUGAUGGAGAUGAUGACGUUAGAGUUUUCCAGAAUUUAGCUUCUCUGUAUUGAGCUGCGCGUAGCCGCCCAUAAAAACGCCUAAAAAAAGUAAAAGUAAGACCAAUGUCUUGAGUUUUAAACUUGUCAAUAAACGUGAAGCAAAAAGCAGUAGCAAGGAAGCUCACGAGACAGUUGCCCCAAAAUUUUUGGUUUUCCCGAAGACAUUGCAGACAUCAUGGCUUCAGGGCGUUACCACCCAUACAGUAUUUUCUUGACUUGAGUAUGAUUUGAUUCACCGUAACUUGCAUCGACAAUUGCAACUUUCAGAUUCUUCAGUUGAAACAAAGCAAACGCAGUCGGUUGAACUGCUUCAGCUGCUGGAUUACAACGCAGCGAAAAGAGAUGCUCGGUGGUUUAUUGAAACAGUCACCUCUGCUGGCCAGGAUCUUAACUACUACGAGGACAGAACACCAUGGCCUGAGAAUGUCGCGCCCGCUCAUGGCAAUGUGGAAUUAGCUCCUCUCCAAGAUGUGCACCCAAGGUAUUGUGUAACAUUGCAUGUGGGUCACCCUCAUGUGUAUUAAGGCUUGGCUCAAGAAAGAUAAUAGAUUUUUUUUUCACAUUUAAUAAUUUGUUUAGUGGGACAAAUCAAAUUAUGGCAAUUUUAGGGAGGGAUUAUUGAAGAAGAGGCAAAUAAAUUGUGACUGUUUAAAAGGAGAACUUAUUAGAGAUAAAACGAUAAUUUAGUGAAUUUUACUUCAAAGUGAAACAUUUCUGUAAACUUUUUUUGUUAAAUGUAUGAAGUAGUAAGCUCCCCAAACUUUCAUCUAUUUCACGUAAUCCUUUUUUGCUAGUACACUUCACAUGAUUUAAAUUUCCUUUUUUCCGGGCAAAAUGUUUAAUCGAAAUUUGAAAAUUCUAAGAAAAAAUGCCUUUUCGUUAUUAAUUUAAUGAUUUGUAUGGCUUCUACGAAGAGGAUUUAGACUGUUCCUUUUUAUCGUGUCCACGUGUAAAUGGAAACCACUAAUUCAUGAAGCAAUACAAGUGACUUAACAAAAAAUUAAUGUACUUAUAACUAAUAAGCUUCAGAAUACAGAAUGGACGACGCUUUAGGAAGCGGAAAAUUAUGUUCAAAAUAAUUCAAAUGUAACCAAUUAUAGGAAACACUACUGUGACGUCAUUAGGAAAAGAUAAUCACGUGGUGUGAUAUGGUACGUUUAUUUAAUCAAACAAGUGAAAUGUUAGUUUCCAUCCAUUCGGAAGCGUGAUAUUGUAAAAAUCUAGUAUAAUAGGAAGGGAGGGUGGGGGGACAGUUAAGUUAAAAUCCAAGCCUUAAUACACUUCAGCAGGAUGAUCCACGUUUUUACCUCUUCUAUGAAUGAAGCUCAUUGCUAUAUUACCAAUUAGCAUAUGCUUUGGUACCAUUGUACCAUUAAUGCAUACUCUCACUGAGUUACACUCUGCUCUCAAGCAGUAGUGAUAAAACGAAUACUUUAGUGCGGUGGUUAAUAUCACCACAGAGGCACAUUUGUUCAAACACUGAACCACGGGCCGAACAUCAACGAGGCUGCGGAGCAGGAAGGUCAGGGUUAUCCACGUCGGAACCAAUAGUAGCCAAGUCUUCAGCAGGUUGACCAACGCGGACAGAACUACAAGGGAGCAUUCGAUCAAGACACGGUAUACCUAAGAAAAGGCAGUUCGGUAGAACAUCCAUACCCCACCCCGGGGCGGAUCUAGUGGGGGGGGGCAGGGGGUGCGCCCCCCCCCUCCCCCCCCCCCCGACAUGACCUGCGGUUUUCUAAUACAACUGGUAUUCUGCAAAAAAAAAGGUGGUUUAUUGGUGUUGAAGUAGAGCAAGAGUGCACCCUCUCCUAAAAAAAAUCCUGGAUCCGCCUCUGCCACCCACGGAGGAAAUUGGAAAUUCUGUUUGGGAGGUGCCUUAGAAAUUCCACAGUUUGUAUCAAAAAAAAGGUUGAAGUUCCUUUUACAAACCCCCCGUGAAGAUGAUAUGGGUAUUUUGUAAAACUGUACAAUUACAAAAGCUUGUGAUUUACUGUUUCAUGCAAAACAUUUGUCAAAAUAUUGCAUGCCAUAUUCACUGUUUAUGAGGCACGAAUUUUACUUACUAUAACUACCCCUUUUUCAAGCAUUAAAAACAGUGUUUCUUUCCCGUAUUUUUCUUGUCCUCUUCCCCCUACCCCCUGCACUUUUUGACCAAUCCUUAAUUCAAAUUAGUCAGUGCAAUCGAUCUUGGCAUCUCAAAACCUUAGCCCGACCAAGUAGAUCACACAAUUUAAUUAUUCUGAUUUUUUGACUAAUUUCUGAACUCAUCUGUGUAACUUUCAUUUUUACAUUUCUUGAUGAAAAAAACAGGUGCAUUUGUUUUAAAAUUGUUAUUAAUUUGCCAUUAAAGGAUGUCUCCCAAAUGCUUCAAAUUGUGUGUCACUCUAACCCACAUUUACUUCAGUUCUUUUUUCUUCAAAUCUUUUAAUCUGAAUUUUGUCGGUUCACCUGUCGUGGACCAAAUAUAUAAUUUAUUUUUUCUUUGAAAACAGGUUUCUCUAUUGCUGGUGGAAUACGCUUGGUGAAAUUUUGGUGAAAAAUUUUUGACUCAGCUUGUAACGUUUUGUUACCUUUGUACUUACAGAUUGUUCCCCAAUAGAAAUGCUCAUUCCACUCUAAUUGACUGGUUAGAACUUGAAGAAGCAGUGCAGAAACAAUCUUGUAAGUAAACUAAAAAAAAAUGAUAUUUACAACUUUUGAAUUUUCUUUCUUUUCUUUUGUUUCCAAUCUAAUUGCAUGUUAAUGUCAUUGAUGCGUGUUCUUGUCAGGUUCUAUUUCAUUUUGUUUCGUUUUCACUGUUAAAACAAGUGUUGUGUAGCCACUAGCUCCGGGCUUUGGUUGAAAUAUUAGGGUUCGUUAUUGUAAACGUUAUUUAGUCCAGGAGGUAUCCAUUUCUGGAUACUAUGAUGACGUUACCGAUAAUGGGAUCUUAGAGCUUUUAGUCGACUGCGAGAACAAAGACUGUCUGUAGAGAAAUGUCUGUAGAGAUGUAGUAGCUUAAAAAGAUUUAUUAAUCUGGUCAAUGUAUGAAGUUAUUGUAUCUAUUUCGUGGUUCUAUUUUCUCUUGGUCGCACUUCUUUUGUUUUGGUUUGUUCUCGUUCAAUCAUGAUCACAUGGCAGGAAUAUGAAUAUGCAGGAGUGGAUUUCUCCUGGACUGAUUAUAAGCGUCGUUGAAAAAGCGUUGUCAUUUUGUUUGACCGAUGACCACCUUCUUUUUGAAAUUGGCUAUACUAUACAGCUAUCCCCCAAAGGGGACAAAAAGUGGGGGGGGGGGGGGGGGGGGUUGUAUAGUAGUUAAGAGGUGGUGUGUGCUGGUGGGUGUGGUGUCAUAUUUAUCUUCGGUGUAUUGUGUUGUUGUUUUCUACUUUGAUCUCUCAUAUUUGUUUUUAGGAUCGAUAACCAACUAGUAACCGCGCAACGGGGGGAGGGGGGGGGGGGGGGGGGGGGGGGGGGGUAACUGUUUUAGUUUUUACCAAAUCUGUCGGCUAAGAACUAAGAAUGAAAAAGCGUGCAAGAUUUUAUGUCAACUUCAGUUACCAAAUAUUAAUUUACCGCAGUCUAAACAUCGAAAAUACAAUAUCCCGUUGCUUUCUUUGUGAUGGUGCGACUGAUUCAUUUUUCGGGGAACGGGAAGCUAUUUAUUGCCUCCCAUCCCAAAACACUACAAUCCAAGAAUAUUUCGAGUUACGGGAGCUAAUCAAAAUAUUGCUACCGACUGAUCUGGUAAGUAAUAAUAAUACUAUAACAUUUGCGGGAAAAAAUUCAAUAGAAUGAGCAGACAAAGCAGUAACAAUAAAUAAAAGAAUAUCACUUAUAAAACAAACACUCAAAUUUAUAGCUGUUUCCAAUCUUUGCAUUAUACUCUGCAGUGUAGACAAUUUAGUCCCUAGCUUUGUUUUAGUUAACUGAAUUUACUUACCUAUGCCACUGAUAUUAAUAUUAUAAAGGAAAUAAAGGGAAUAAAGGAAAUAAAGGGAGACUAAAUCCCAGAAUCAACCAUAAGAGGACAGAGAAAAAAUCUGGGGCUCAGAUUUUUUCUGUGUCAUCUUAUGGUUGAUUCUUUACAUCUCCCUUUAUUUCCUUUAUGAAUUUACUUAACCCAUGAAAAGUAGGUAGUAGAAUACAACGAGCUAUCGUGUACUUAGUGUUAUUCUAUUGUCUUCUUUUGUUUAUUUGUUUCAUUAGCGGUAACCAUAAAAGACGUGCCUUUUCGAAUGUCCUGUAUGUUAAACUCUCUUUGGCUGUUUAGAUAAUAAUGCUGGACACUUGGCUUUUUUGGUUGCUUUUCAGUGGCGACACUUGAAUCACCGACACGCGUGGACCUGUCUGAUGAUGAAGACGAUGACUCAAGUGAUUACUUUGCUGAUGCUGAAACGUCUUCAUGUGGAUCCUUUGACGAUGAGAUUGGGUGGUGUGGAAUUUCCGAAAACAAGGGUAGGUUUGUGUGCCCUGUAAAGGCUUCUCUCUCCCACCUCCCCAUCUCUAUCGUUGCAGUCCCCGCCCCCAAAUAUGGCCGACCUCUCAUUCUAACACCAGCCUUUCCAAAGGGUCAUUGCUUCCUUCUUCUAUCGGAGAACUGCAAUUGCCAUGUUUACCUUUCACCUUGUCAUGUUCGUCGCUAUAUACAGUGGCGGAUCCAGACCUUCAGAUAAGGGAGGUGGCGGGGGGUGGGCGGUUAUCCAGACCCGGCCUAAGAUAAGGGGGGUUGGUUUAAAAAAAUUUUUUUCGGCCGUUUGGGCCUCAUUUUGGUCUAAAUAUAAGGGGGCGGCCCCCCCGGGCACCUCCCAUGGAUCCGCCACUGAUAUAGCUGUUAUUAAUUACGUCUGGGAAAAAGAAUGUCUUCUAAAAUGAACUAUGGCACGGUGGCUAUCAUGUGAGGACAAGGAGAAAUGCUUGCAGGAAUUUUUUUCGUCAAUCGUUCUCCUUGGCCUUUGUUCAUUUAUUGUUUAAGAAUCGCUGAUAGAAUUUGUUUUUGCUAACAGAGCGUUGUGUACAAGACGAAAUUUCCAGUGAAGUGCAAAACAUCAGUGAGUAUGAUGACCUUCCAAUGCCGUUUUUAUCGAGAGCAUCAUUCACCAAGGAUGAGAGGAUAAUAGAAGAAUCCACCAAGGGAGAAAGCUCAAGUGAAUACAUUUCUUUAGCUGGGGAGCAAAGUUCUUCUUGUUUGGAUAAAGAAGAAACUGGAGAGUUCACAGAAUUAUCGAAGUUUUUUCCUAUAAAAGUAAUCUUGGUCAAGCCUAAAGGUACAGUGCCCCAUGCCUCAUUCCUACUUUUUAACACCUUAUUUCACUUGAGAUUCGUGUAAAAAAAAAAUUAAAAUGGCGAGUAAGUCUUGCUUAACAGUUACUAACUGUGUAGUCAGUACAUCCUACUCUUAUUUUGGUAUAGAGUGAUUUUACUUGACCCGUGAAACAGAUACUAACAACUAGUAAAUAAUAGCAACAGAUAAACAAAAGAAGACAACAGAAUUAGUGCACAAUAGUGCGUAGUAUUCUACUACCUAUAUCACGAGUCAAGUAACACUCCUGCUCGAUCAACCUUCUCUGAAGCUUACAAAAAGGCAGUCUAGAGAAGAAGUAACUUAUUAGCAUCUCGUUUUAACUAUAUAUAAGCACUUUUCAAGGGCAAUGUUUAUAUGGCAUUAAGGUGCAUAUAUUAUGCAGGUGUUAUGCAAAAUUAUUCACCAUGCGAAAGCUAUUCUUGUUUUAUCUUCUAGGCAGUAGUUCGUCGUACGGCUAUUUCUUCUUCGCAAAACUUGUGCUGGAAAUAGCGUGUCAUAAUCUCCAGCGCUACCAAAACAGCUGAGCUACCGCACCAUAUGCUUUGUGUUUUUGUUCCAUUAAAUGUAAACGUGACAUGGUAUCGGCAAAAAUAUUCCAUAGUUGACCAAGGGUAGUUGGUCUUGAAGAAUUAUCGUGCGAUUUCAGGCCGAAAGAUCUCUUCAGCUUGUAUGUUUUGUUUUCCCAACGAAGGUCAUGUGACAAUAUUCUCCAAAUUUCGUCUUGUUCACGUGCAUACUGUUUGUAGGCAUUAUUCUUGAAAAGACAAACAGUCAAAUUCCCCUGAGACUCUCCUGCGUCGCAGACGCUCUAAACCUUCUGCAUACAGCUAUUUUGAGAAAGAUUGUCGGAAGAAAUGUGUACGCGACAAUCCCGAAAGGUAGUAUGGGAUAUGAUCAAUACACUGUUCCUGUAGCUGUCGAACCUACUUUUUUUUUUUUGCUUUCCUUAGCACUCGCAAACAAACGUCCAUGGCCUCUAGUGCAAUUCCUUCACAUUUCUUUGAAGAACAUGGAACUCAAAACCACCCACAAUACCUUUCGGGGUUGUCGCGUGCAUUUUUUCCGACAACCUUUCUCGAAAUAGCUGUACAUGUAUUCAAAAUGUGCUAAAACCCAGACGAUGGAUUCUGGACGAUAGACGAUAGACGGUGGACGAUUGUCAAAUUGUCAAAGACUUUUUAAUGAAAUUCAAGCUUGAGAUGCUCCAGUUUUAGCACAUACAUUUUUAUUUUAAUUUGAGGGGGCAAAUCUCGGCCUCACUUUUCAUGUCACAAUGGCUCAUUUAAAACUAGAAAUACGUGUGUCGCAGACCCUUGCGAAGCUGAAGGGAAAGGGCCGACGGAUCAAAAACAAACAAACAAAACAACAACAAGAACAACAACCCUAGCAAGAAAGAAGAACUUCGGCGGGCUGGAAUCCGCACCCCAGAGAACCUCACGCAUACUAGGAAGAGAGCUUAACCAUUACACCAGUGAAUCCUACACGCUUUUACCCUCCGAGCAGAGUCUCCUUCGAUCUUCCUAGAUGAUCGAAGGAGACUCUGCUCGCAGGGUAACACGCUUUUCACAGUGAAAAACAUUUUAUACAACGCAUUUGGCCCUGGAAAGUUUGAAAGAAAACGUUGUUUGAAGCUAGUCGAGCAGUUUUAAAAAUUAGAUUUGAGGAAAAUAAGCAAGUUUUGGUGACAAAUUUGACGAAAAAGUUCAAAAAUUUGCACGCCGGAGCAAAACCGCGUGCGUGAAUUCACGUGCUCUUCACAUUUGUUUUUCCCUUUUUCCUAAAAAAUGUAAUGACAAUAAAGGUCGCUUUAACCAAUGUGUGGAUCUAAAUCCUAUAAACCAUUGUGCUUUUUUCUUUCACGGAUUCUAUUUUAUAAAGUGUCUUAAGUGUUGGCAACACGUUAAGACCGAUAAAAACAUCUAUUCGUUUUUGCCGUUACCAGCAAUCAGGCGAUUUUUUUUGUUUGCAAGGGAAUUUUUUCCCCCGCCCAAAAAAAACAUCGCCUGAUCGCAGGUUGCCCGCGAUUGAGUGACAAAUUUGAAUUUUAAAAUAAUUAAUAAACGCUCGUGUAACAAGCCUCACAUAGUUUGUAGUAACUAUGACCGUCGUAAAAAUGUCUGUAAAAAUGGUAUCGUCUAUCGUCUAUCGUCCAGAAUCUAUCGUCUGCGUUUUAGCACAGUCGUAUUCAAAUGGUUCAGUGGAGUGCGUGGGCCGGCUGCAACGCAGGCUACCUCCGCUGAGACCUUCAUUCGGAAAACAAAACAUAAAAGCUAAAGAGGUGUAUUUGAAAGGGAGAAACAUUUGAUCAAAUAAUAAUGUCUUUGUUAACUUUAAGCAUCUGAGAUCAAGAAUGACAGGGUAACAGAAGAAGAGUCCACCCAAGCACUAACCAUACGGGAUUUGACUCCAGGCACUCAUGUCUUUAUCUUGGAAAGACGUUUCUAUGAUCAUCAUGUAUGGGUCAUUAUUGUAAUAUCUCUUAAAAUUAACCUCCUACUUAUAAAUAAUACAAAGUAUAAAUCUUUUUGGAUGGUUUAUUGUGUAGUAUCGUGCAACAUUCUUUUAAAGGGUUUUACAAGGUUUUGCAGGUGUUUUGGGAAGUUUGUAUCAGUGGCGGAUCCAGACCUUCAGAUAAGGGGGGUGCCCGGUAAUCCAGACCCUGACAUAAGGAGGGGGGGCCGGUCUCCCAAAAAAAUUUCUCGGCCCUUCGGGCCUCAGUUUGGUCUAAAAAUAAGGGAGGGGCCGGGCCCCCCGGGCCCCUCCCCUGGAUCCGCCACUUUGUAUAACAAAUGGUAUUGGCCGAUUUAUGUUUGUACGUUGGGGACGGUAAAGGGGGGGGGGGGGGGGGGGGGGUUUGUCACCUUUUUUUUAAAAAAAAACGGCCGGUUUCCCAUUUCAGGGCAAAAAAAUUCGGCGUUUCCCUUUCAAAAGAAAAAAAAAAAACACCAAAAAACGCUUCCACGGGGAAAAAAAAGAGGUUAAAACAAUCACCGGCCAAAACAAAGGAAAAUUAGGACUUCAAGAAACCACCCUCUCCUCCCCCCACCAUUUAGAUCUAUACCUGUAUACAUAAACUUGUCUGUCGCGCUGGGGGGCCGAGUUAGUCGAAAAAAGAGGGGGGGGGGCCCUCCCCCGGGGCCCCGCUCGUGGGUGCAGCUUUUGGGUAAAGAUUUUGGUGUGGGCUUUUUUUUUUUGGGGGGUGGGGGGGGGAAGGGGGGGGGGGGGGGUGGGUAUUGAUCACUUUUCAUGUAAAAUCAACUGGCCGUUUCACAUUUCACGGACAAUAAAUUCGGCGUUUUACGUUUCAGAAGAAAAAAUAAAUCACCAAAAUCACGUUUCACGAGGAAUAGAAAGGUGAUUUCACAAUUCACGGCGAAUAAAACAGGCAAUUCAUGGUUCACGAAAAUACCCUUUACCACCCUCUACCGUGCGUGGUCUUGAUUUGAUUAGGUUUGUAGUUGUCAACAAUUUUAUAGUCUAACUCAUCAAUUUGAGUGUCAUCUUGAAGUAGGCAUGCUUGGGAUGAAAGCUAACUUUGGUUUGGUUAAUAUUUGUCAAACUCCCAUUGGUUAAUAUUAAUUGUACUCGGAGGCACAACGGUGUAGUUUUGUUUUCACCCUUGUGUCCCUUCUGUUAGCUUACCGAUGUUUGUCCUCUUUCGCAGCUAUUCUAAGUAUUUUUAACGUAGUUUUGUUUGCUUCUCGAUCGUUUUAUACUUUUUGCACUUUAUGGCUUUCUCACUUUCUUUCUGAGAUUUUAUCGAAAACCCUGAUAUCGCGUUAUUCUCUCAGAGGACUAGGGAACUUGAAUUCAGGGGCAGAUGA